AUGCUAGGAGAACAACUCAGAUUAAUAAAAUUAUCAAGACAGACACACUUAGUUCAUAAAAAGUCAAGAAUAACAUUUAUAGAAAGUGAUGAUGUAACUAUCGAGACUUUAUACCAAUUUUUACCAUUUGAAAGUCAAUAUACCAGACCAAAAAGCAUUUAUUUCGAUAGACACAGGCUUUCAUUAGCUGAAGAAUCUCGAUUUAACUCUAAGUUUAGAAAAUAUCUACUUAGCCUUAUUAAAAACAUGAAUUAUGAAGGGAUUGAAUAUCUACUUGAGUAUUUGGUACGUGUUUAUUCGAUUGAUUCUUUUAAUACUGAAGAGUUGCUUUUUUUAUUGUUUCCUUUUAAGAAGUAUGAAGAUUUGAUUGUAAAACUUACGAAAUACCAUACUUCGUGUUUUGGGAAGAUCACAGGAUAUUCAGUGCAUUCUCUUUCUAAACUAUUUACCACUAAUUGUGUAACCAUGAACUAUUAUGUUAAGUAUUUUGAGUUUUAUCCAAUCUUUAAAGAUUUUCUUAAUAGAAGUCUUAGUUUUAUAGUUAAAAUACUGAAAUCUGGCAAAUCCAAUUAUAUCGCUGAAUUUAUGGUUAUAUUUAAUUAUUUAGAAAAACAUGGUGAAAUUGAUUUAAUUCUUCAGACUUAUAAAUCAAUGAGCAAAUAUCUUAACUCGGAUGAAUUUAAUGAAUACUUUAAAAGAUUUACAAAUAAAAUUUAA